UUUUUCAGUACGCAAUUAAACCAAGAUGACUCAAAAAAUUAAGCUCUUUUGUAUUCUCGACGGCGACUCUUCCGCAUUUGAAGUCCAAUUGGAUGCUGAUGACUCAAUUGCUGCUCUCAAAGAUGCAAUCAAGAAGAAGAACGAACCUCAAUUCGACGACAUUGCAGCUGGCAAAUUGAAUCUCUUCCACGUCUCUGUUCCUGAUGAGGGCGCUACAAUCAAUCUCGCCAAUAUUGAAUCAAAGGAGCUACUCACCAGAGCAACAAGCAAGAUCUCAAAGAUAUUUGGCACAUCGCCUCUGCCUGAGGAGACUAUCAACGUCAUUAUUCAGCGGCCAUUGGAAGAUCCGUCUACUUCCACUUCGAACUCGGAGAAAAAAAGGAGGGCCGAUGACUUAUUGCCGCCAGUUUUGAAAAAGAAGAAGUGGACCGUCAAUGGACCGAUCAGAUUCGACGCUGUUAAUCAAGUCUACUAUGUGGAUCCUGCGGAACAUGACGACAAUAAGAAAAUACUACAGAGCGUUUUUGACCGCGAGAUAGUGAUGCUCAUAGGCGCACGUGCCUCUGGAAAAACAACACGGUUGUAUCGACUUAUCACCCAAUUAACUGACUUUGGGUAUCGCUGCCUCCCACUAUCAUUUGAGGAAGUUAACGUUCGCAAUAAUGAGUCUGAUUUCUGGGGGACUUUUGGUGAUGCUCUUCGUUUCAGCUAUAAAGCGGUCAGUGUUAUUACAACCCAACGAGAAUUCCUCAAUGCUUUCAGUCAAAUUGAACUCAAGGACGAGAAGUUUGUCAUCUUGAUUGAUGAGUUUGAUGAACUGUUCAAAGCAGGUGAUGAAGUCAGAAAUAUUUUUUUGAAAACACUCCGAGCAAUGAGUAGAAACAAUGCCUACGCCAUUCACAGUGUUAUCGUAUGUGGAACCUUUAGUCUUCAGCGCCUUCGGACAACAGAUCAACACAUAUCCCCGUUCAAUGUCAACAAUACUAUCAGGAACCCGUAUUUCACUCUUGAUCAAACGCAGCAGCUCUUUAAUGACUAUGCGAAGGAUGAGAUGAUUAAAAUAGAUGAUGAGAUUAUUCGAGACAUACACUGGAAGUCAAAUGGUCAUCCAGGAAUGAUUUGUCUUUGUGGACGCUCCAUUCAUGAGGAUCUUCGCUCGAAAGUCAACGGCUCGACGAAAUGUCUCGAUUACGAUACAUGGCAGGACUUCUCCAUAGACAAUCAGAAUGAGAGGAUGUUUUCGUACCAUACUUUUAGAAGGAUGGUUGAUUCACUUUUGAAUGAAUCAGCUACAGAUGCUGUUAAUCUUCUCCGAACAGAUUUUAUUGGGUAUCUCGGCGAUAUAUCUAUCACAGACAUGGAACAACAGAGAUUGGCAGACUUCCUAACUGCAGAAGGGGUGCUGAUAAGACUUGAUGGCAGUAACUACCGUAUGGCCUCAGCAUUCAUUGACUCGUUUGUGAGGAGAUAUAUUAUCCCAUUAAAAUAUCCUCACGCUCCUUCAGAGUCACCCCCAAAGAAAAGAGGAGGAUCAUUGGAUAUUCUAGAGAUUAUGAAGAUUGCUCUUCGAUUUUUCGAUAGAGACUUGAUUUUGCAGGCGGAAGAUCGAUCAUACAAAAGAUCGGGGAGAACAGUUAAGGUUAUGGGCGACUACAACGCCAGUGUCCCUCGAGAAAGCGUCUAUGACACGGAAUUGAUGAGAGUUCUCACCAACUGGCUAAACAAAACAAAAAAAUAUGAGAUCAUUGGCCAGUGGCACCUCCGUGAGCUUGAGGACCACAAAUAUAGUGAUAUUGUCAUCAAGAAAGCAGGAGAGCCGACGGUUGUUAUCGAGCUUUUGGCUACAGGAAGUCAAUCUUCUAUUAAGGACCAUAUCAGCAAGACGUCAACUUACAAACGUUUACUCUCAGCAGAAGAAGCUUGGGUUGUUCAUUUUACCUGUGAGGACGACUAUUUUAAGCACCCAUACUGGCAAAACGACGCGGAACUGGACCAAGGGGUGAAUUUGGUGCAUUUCUGGCACGAUGGGGAUUUUAAUACAGUGCGGAUGAGUGCUCGCUGGAAGGACAGUGGCAAUACUCAAAGAAUUGACAAUGAGCUGUUGACUGUCUAACAGCAAUUCUAUUUUUUUUUUACCCAACAUUGUAAGGACGUCCCAUUUUGUUGACAUGGGCUUUAUAAUUUUGCAGAUCUGUUUAAAUAGCUGUUACUUUGUAUAUUUCGCAUUGAUUGCAUUAAAACACUCUCUCUUCAUUAAUGACCAACAAUUUACUUUAUGUAUCUAUACCUUAAUCUAUA